UUUAAACUAAAUAAAAAAUAUCGGCUUUUGCGAUGGUGUUGUUAGGCGAUUGGGUUUCCUGUGGUAUUUUUGUUUUGUCACGUGACUUAGGUUGCUACAGUCUACGAUCAAAACAACUCGCAUUCGCGUCUUGAAUUUCUUCAACAGAUCAUCACAAAUAAUGACUCUGAUUUCUUCCUACAGCUAGUUUUUGUAUUGUUUGAUAGAAAUGGAAGAAAGUUUACUAAGUGAGCCGAGAAGUGGGGUAGAAAUCUCUAUCACCUCGCCAUCAAGAAACACGUCUGAAGACGAAGAAGAAUUCAUUCCGCGAGCUCUGUUAAAAUCGAAGGAAGAUAUAGAAUCUUCGAAGGAUUCUAAUGGAGAAGCUACUAUAAAUGGAGAAAGUCGAGUACACGUCAAUGGAGAAGCUAGUGGAGAAGGGAUUUUGGCUGAUGAGUUGGACCGAAAAUUAUCGUUAACAGAAGAGGGUCAAGAGUCGAAGGGUGAAGAUGUCGAGGAACACGUGAACGGAGAAGAAAGAAAGAGUAAUGAAGAAGAAUCGGAAGAGAAACCCGCCAAUCUUGAAAUGAUUGGAGAUCGAGUUUUAAUAGAACGGGACGGGAAGUUCGAACUUGUUGAUGUUGGUGAGAUCAAGGCGGAAUACUUUGAAAUGCUGGGGCUGAGCCCCGGGGAAAAGAAAGCCGAGACGACGGACGAGAGCAAUGGCGUUGCUAACGGCGAAGAAAAACGAAAAAACUCUCCAAAAAGACCAGAAGAGAAGCCUCCAAGUAAACCAAGACCAAAAACAACGAACAUUGGUGAUUAUAGACGAAGAAAGGAUCAACGAAGUAGUAGAAGUCCCGAAAGAAGAAGCACAAGUGCGAAGCUUAGCUCGCGUAAUGAUGACUACUCUCACAUUAAAUCAGUCUACGGUAUGACUGAAGAACAGUUGAAAAUAAAACGAAGGAGAGAAGAAGCGAUAGCUAAAAGAAAGAAAGAAGAGAAACAGAGAGAAGAGGAAGAAAUGAGACGAAAAAGAGAAGACGCUGAAAGAGCAUUUCAGGCAUGGUUAACAGCAAAAUUAGAGGAAGCAAGAGAACGGAAGAGACAAGAAGAACUAAACAAAACCGAUGAUUCACUAAGAGAACGAAAAACAAUAGAAGCACAACAAGCAUAUGAGGAUUGGCUUGCAUCGAAGCGACAGCAGUACAAGGUCACAAGAGAAUAUGAAGAACGAAGACAGUCAGAAGAGGCCCGACAGUUUAUGAUCAGAGACAGACAGCUAUGUGACGAGGCUUUUCGAAGGUGGUUAAAGAAAAAAAGGGCAGAGGCAAAAGCAAAAGAAAAAUUAAAGAAAAGAAAAAGAUCCAAACCUAAACUCAAGAAAAAAGAGCCCCUGCCUUUGAAUUCCAAGAAUAUAACGUACCUUGAAUAUUAUGGCUAUCGCAAUCAUGUUGUUCUAUAAACAUUUCAAAGAUGAUCCUAACUAAACUCAUGGCUGUAGAUGGCUGCCACCACGUGAUGCUGCAAAGCCUCUAUACAACUUUUUUUCACAGGCAAAAUAAAAUCACACUAAUUAGAUAAUAAUAGAUAGUAAUUGCUAUUAAAGUAUUAAUACGAUGACAAAAAAUUUCUCCUUUUCAGACUUCUCAACAACAAGAAUAUUAAUAUUUAUAUCAGUAUUAUUAUUCAAUAUUUAUAAAUUGAAAUGUAGAGUUUACAUGUAAAAUACAGAAUUGUUUAUAGGUCCACUUCAAAAUUAUCGCAAAUGCAAGGCUAACAGGAAAAUACAAAAGGAAUCACAAGUACCUUGAUGGAAUUUGUGCCAUUUCUUUUUAUGCUCCUGUUAUCCUAACUUUAAGCUUGUUUUUCCAUAAGACCGUAUGUCAUUCUCUUGAGUAUCAUUUCAUUCUUUAACAGUUACACAUAGUUUCUUUUAACGUUUGUUAAGCAGGAUGCAUUGUGGUCUAGAUUUUGUACGAACAACACCAUGAUGAAUAAAAGAUGUUUGUACCCAAGCUAGACCACAAUGCAUCAUGUUUGCUAUCAAAAAAAUGCUUGUCUUCUCGUAAAAGGUCUAUGAGAAGACACAUGAAUAUGGAUACAACUCAUACGAAUAAUAUUAUUCUCAAUAGAAGAGUAAGCCAGUACCGCUCGAAAGCUGGAUUUUCAUUGCUCCCUAAGUACAGUACCGCUUUUGUAAGGUUAGGUUUAGUGCUAUUGUUUGGAUGACCAAUCUAUUGUUUUUUAAUCCAAUCAUGUAACUCGUUCCAAGCGGUGCGGGCUGGCUCCAAGAGAAUGACACAUGGUCUGAAAUGGGAAAACAUUACGCCCAAGAUAAAAAGUACUCUUCCUCCAUAAUGCAAUAGCCAACAAGUAUUAAGACUAUGCGUAUUACAUUUCCUAAAUAUAACAAUGAAACGUUGAAAAUAUAAUGUACAUUGAGUAUCAAUAAUUGAUAAUGUAUGUAUUUCAAAGUAAAAAAUGGUACUCCAAAGUAUAAAGGGUACGCAUUACAUAGAUAGGUUAAUAAAAUAAAUUCUUUCACU